AUGACUCAAAUCCUAACAGAUCGCCUCCUCACUUCUCUGUGCCGUACCUUCGCAAGUCCUCUAGCCUCCAACCUCGCAUCAACAGCUCGGCAAAUACCAUCAAAGAUCUCUGACGACGAGUUUCCUUUAUCAUCACAUUGCCCCAACUGUUGUCGGCAUCACCUCCGGUGUUGGCGCCGGGGGUGUUGGCGCCGGGCUCCUUCUCACUCGGCGGCCGCACUUCCAGCCCGGUCGGAUGGCCGAGUUGCGAAUUUUAGAUAUCCUGCAGCGGCGAGGGAUACAUCCCGGCAUGCGCAUGCACUCCCGCCGCGCGUUACCGCGCGCCCCCAUCCCGAGUCGGCAUGUGUUGGAGCACCUCACCUUCCUACCCAUUCGCACAGUACUAUCAACCUUGUCGGGGCUGUUGAUCGUCGCGGCAUGGGCCACGACAAGAAGCACCAGAAGGACAAUGAAGAUGAGCUUGGACAUUGCGGUUUUGAUGGCAAGAAAGAAGAUGGGAAGAAGCGAUACGGGCGUGGCUAG